UUUCCCCCACUUAAGUCUUGCCUUACAGAACAUUUACUUUGGCAUCUACAUACCCAACUCCGAGUCUCCGACAAGAUCCACUCUUAAACUUGAACAUGACUUCCAUGUUCGCAAGCACACAGACACACGCGCAUGCCUACGAGGUCGCUCUUUUCGGUGAAUUCUUCGCUCGGGAUCUCAAGGCGAUUCUCAAUCGCCUGACGUUGCACACGGAGUCCGCAGUGCCCAUGCACACCCGUGAAAUUUUAUUCGAGCAGUUCGGAGUUCAGUCACAGAUCCAAGGAGACGAGCCAGCCUUGCUAAGAGCAAAAAAAGAACUAGGAGAUGGGACGGAAAGUGGAUGGACGCUUUUCUCAUACCUCAAGCCGGAGUCUGUGCGUGUUCACCCGGAGGCCACUGUUCGACCAUGGGCUACUUGCGAGGUGAUCGGUGAUGCCCUCAGUUUUGCUUCGGCACUGGGAUAUGUACAACGAUCUCAAAUCUACAAACGUGGAUAUGCAUUUCGGAGAGGGGCUCUGAUAAUACAGAUGUUUCAGCAAGAGCAGGUCGACCCAAAGACCUCCCUUCCUAUACCUGCACAUACUGACACCCUUUGGGAAGUCGAGGUUAAGACAGCUACUCAGGUUAAUACGUCCGCAUCAGCAUCUGGCGGGCACGUGCAAGUGAGCACAGUCCGCGCAGCCAUCGAUGCUGUUCUCGAAGUCCAGCUUAUCAUGAAGGGACUAUUAGACCUGCGGCGACAGGACUUGUAACUUAAACAAAGAGUUCGUCAAGCGAUGGAUUUAGGGGCAAGUUUUGCACCUGUGAACGAUCUUGGAAUUCGAAAGUACUGGCGUGUUUGAGAUGUGCAAUCUUUCUGGAAUAACGAACUAUGAUGUGAAUUGGUUCGGGUAUUAGCACAAAGAAGUAGAGCUGAUCGUAGUACUGACAUAAGGUAAUUAUACUAAAUUGGUAUAUCAUAAUAGCA